CUCUUGGACGCCACUUCUCGAUCUACCUCUCUCAUUUCUCUUUAACGGAACCAGACGAACAAACUAAUCUGAAAAUCAUUUAUAAGUAAGCAACUCUCUCUUACGCCAUCGGCAUAAUGGUUUCAUUUCCAGAGAAGCAGAAAAGGAGAAUUCUUGCCACGAAUAAGGUAGGAAUGAUGGCAAAUGGAGAUCUGGAGAGAGGAGGAGGGACUACGAAGAGCAGGGAGAGCAGCAACUUCUAUGUCGAAACCUCUGAGAGUCAAUGGACUUCAUGGCUAGUGCCUAUGUUUGUGGUGGCGAAUAUUGCUGUAUUCGUAGCUGUCAUGUAUGUGAACGACUGUCCCAAGAAGAACAGUGAUUGCGUGGCGAGAUUUCUUGGCAGGUUUUCUUUUCAGCCGAUGAGGGAGAAUCCUCUUCUUGGCCCCUCCUCUGCUACAUUGGAAAAAAUGGGGGCUCUGGAGUGGAGAAAGGUGGUGCAUGGCAAUCAAGGAUGGAGACUCAUCACUUGUAUGUGGUUGCAUGCUGGCGUUAUCCAUCUGCUUGCAAAUAUGCUGAGCUUGGUAUUUAUUGGGAUUCGCCUAGAGCAGCAAUUUGGUUUUGUUCGAGUAGGCAUCAUCUACCUAUUGUCAGGAUUUGGUGGGAGCAUACUCUCAUCUCUUUUUAUUCAAAGAAAUAUCUCCGUCGGUGCGUCUGGAGCCUUGUUUGGGCUUCUUGGAGCAAUGUUAUCGGAGCUUCUUACUAAUUGGAGUAUCUAUUCUAACAAGGCUGCAGCCCUUAUCACACUUGUCUUUGUCAUUGCUGUUAACCUAGCAGUAGGGAUUCUUCCUCAUGUUGACAACUUUGCACACAUUGGAGGUUUCGUGACUGGUUUUCUACUUGGCUUUGUUUUGCUACUCCGUCCCCAGUUUGGGUGGGCAGAAAGUCAUCAUCUUCCUGCUGGUGCCCGUGUCAAGUCUAAGCACAAGGCUUACCAAUACGUGUUAUGGGUGAUUGCCGCAAUUGCUCUCAUUGCUGGGUUUGCUGUGGGAUUGGUAAUGUUGUUUAGAGGAGAGAAUGGACACAAACACUGUAGUUGGUGCCACUAUCUGAGCUGUGUGCCUACUAGUAGUUGGAAAUGUGAGAACUGAUGAGACUCUCAACUUUUCUUUUUUUCUUUUUCUUUUCUUACUUCAGAAGGUUCUAUUUGUUGCUUUAUUUCUUUUAUGCUUUCUUUCUGUGUACAUGCUGAGUUUCUGAUGUACAUGUACAAAAGGAAUCAUGGAUUAUAUGUUACACUGGAUUGUAUACUCUACACGGAAUGUUUCUCUUUUCUGUAUAA